CUACAAGCCUAGAUAGAGUAGCCCGACCCUUCUGUGUCAGUUUUGUUUCAAUUACUACCAGGCUGUUUGUCAACCACGCCUGUUUCGCUUACUUGAAGAAUACGAAGCCUAUCCAAAGGAUUUCAACAGUAUGAUUAUGCAUCGCCAGAUACGGCUUGGAGCGAUGAAGAGCGGCGGCUUGGCUUGUCUUCGGCGAAGCCCUGCGCUCGUCGCGCCGACGCAGCAGAACCGGCGUUCGCGUGGAUUAUGCACCUGCCGUGCUCAGAAAACCUCAGAUCUGCCUAGCAGCCUGCAAAAGAUUGUAGUCGCUUUCCAGAUGGUACCAGAUCCAAUGGCUAGAUACAAACAGCUCCUGUUCUACGCCACCAAGCUGGCGCCCCUUCCCGCGGCGGACCACCUGCCCUCAAACAAAGUAGAGGGCUGCGUGUCCCAGGUGUGGGUGGUUCCGGAGCUCAGGGCUGACGGGCGGAUAUACUGGCGGGCUGACUCAGACUCCCAACUAACAAAGGGCCUGGCAGCCCUGCUCGUGACCGGCCUCAGCGGCUGCACCCCAGCAGAGAUCCUAGCAGUGCAGCCCGCCUUCAUCGAGGCACUCGGACUGCGCCAGAGCCUCACGCCCUCACGCAACAACGGUUUCCUCAACAUGUUCCGACUCAUGCAGCGGAAGACGCUGGAACUGCUGGCGGCGUCUGCUUCCUCCUCCUCUUCCGCAGCGGCGGCGGCGGGGUCCGCAGAGGCGCCAGGAGCAGCGGAGGAGGCGGCAGCGGCGACCACUGCUGCGAACGGAAAUGGCGCUAGCGGCAAUGGUAGCAGCAAUGGCAGCAGCAGCGCGGAUUCACCAGCAGCUGCGCCGGAGUCAACCACAACAGCAGCAGCAGAAGCACCGGCGACGGAGUCUUCUGGAUCUGCGCACACGUCUUCUGCUGCCGCAGACGCGACGCCCAGUCGUACUCCCAUUCAGGACGGCAUGCGACGAAAGAUCGAGGCGGCGUUGCGGCCUGUUGCCCUGGAGUUCGCAAACGACAGCGCACAGCACGCGGGUCACGCGGGUGCCAUGGUGGCACGGCCGGGCAAGGCGGGCGCCUCGGGGGAGACGCAUUUCCGCGUGCGGGUGGUUUCGGAGGCGUUUGAGGGGCUGAGCCAGGUCAAACGGCAGCGGCUGAUCUUCCAGCUUCUCGAGCAGGAGUUCGCGGAUGGGCUGCACGCUCUGUCGCUGGUGACGCAGACGCCAGCCGAGGCCGAGAAGGCUGCGUCGUUGAGAUGACGACGUUAAGAGGGUAUCGCCAGCAGGAAGUGCGGACGAGCGGCCUACCCUUCUUGGGGGCUGCGUUUCACCUUACGUGCUUGGGUGCUGGUGUUGCAUGUAGCCUGACUGACUGUUGGAGGUUGUAUUGUUAGCUCUUGCAAGGGGCCCAUGGGUCGUUUGUAUAGAUGAACAGAACAGGAGAACGCGAAGGGUAGGGAUCGGGGAGUGUCAGAGCGCGAAGGAUGCGGAUCGUGCGGUGGUAGCAUGGGCUUGGUUGAGAGGGGUGAAGAAAGGAAGAAGCGUGCCACGGCCCAACCUCGUACACACGUCCAUGUAGCGGUUCAAUGCGCUGAAGUAGAGACAUCAUGCACUAAAGAACAACGAAUGCAGAGAGAGAUGGAGAGGCGUGUGCUUCGGCAUCAGUUUUGGGUUCCACUACACCGCGAUGCGGGACACACACGACACGAGCGGUCGAGGAGGGGGACACCCCAGCAUUCCGGGACUGGGGCAGGAGCACGUGUUGUAGGGCCUACUCUGCUAGCGUGGAGGUCGAGUGAAGUAUCCCACGCAUUGUAGGCUGGAUGAGCUGUUACCGGCAGCUGAGGGUGCUACCGUGCGUGUGAUGGAAGGACCAUUAGAUGGCACAUUCAGCAAUGAGUGUUGCGCAUUUUGGUGAGGGUGAUGUUGGGUGGAUAUACGCCGGUACGACAACAAGCCGGUACGGCAUGGUACGGCGAUGAGCCCUUCCGUACAGGAUGUAGCAUUGCAAAUUGUUUGGUGGGAAGAGACCUCGAUGUGGGUCUUCUUCCGACUAGGGGCCACAAACAAAGUGGAAUGUAGAUAGCCCAUGUCGCACGGCUACCUGUACAAGAAGUGAUUAGCCAUAUAGUGGCC